AUGAUAAUUGAAAGAAAGGUAUAUAAUAAUAUAAAUGAUAUUAACUCAAAUUAAAAACUUCAUGAACGACAUUUGAAUCAAAUAAACCAUAUACGUGCGACAUUUGUUCAACAGUCAUAUUUAAAAAUUCAUUUAAUAUCGCAUACAAUUAGGGAAUUCAACGCUUGCAACAAAGUCUUUUCUGUGAUUUCCAAUUUCAAAAGACAUUUACGGACGCAUAAACAAAAGAAAAUGUUUAAAUGCGAGUUUUGCAAGAAAACCUUUUAACGUAACUAUAAUUUAAAAGUACAUUUACGUACGCAUACGGGAGGGAAGCCGUAUACAUGUCAUAUUUGUAACAAAGGCUUUUCGGAGGAUUGGAAUUUAAAAAGGCAUUUACGUAGGCAUACUGGAGAGAAACCGUAUGCAUGUGAAUAUGGUAACAAAUUCUUUUCAAUUCGGGAGAGUUUAAAAAAACAUUUACGUACGAUUACUGGAGAGAAACCCUAUGCAUGUGAAAUUUGUAACAAACACUUUUUGGAUAAGGAGAGUUUCAAAAGACAUUUGGUAAUGCAUGACGGAGAGAAAUCUUUUACAUGCGAGUUUUGCAAGAAAUCCUUUACCCAGAACGUUUAUUUAAAAGUACAUUUACGUACUCAUACUGACGAAAAACCAUAGACAUGUAAUCGACGAUUAUAUACAUACCGCCAGUACUUAGACCUACCGCCGCCACAACAUAAAACUGAUCCGUCGAGCCGGGGAUAUAGCUUUUUAAAAUGUUGCUCACGGCUCAAAGAGGCGCAUUUAAAACUAAAAUUAAUAAUAUUGAAAUAUUCAUUAAGGAAUUCUCGUCUUCCGAUGGCUCCAUAAAGGAUACUGUACAACUUUGCACUAACAUAACGAUAUUCUGUGAGGACUCGAUCAAAUAAAGUGUUAAUUAUGUGGAUUUUAAAAAAUGUCUUCGAGCUUACUAAGGAAAUUUUCUGAUGAAAUGUAGGUAAGCCUUCUUGUAUUUCUUUUCAAAUGUGAAAACGAAAGUGAAACUAUUUACACUAUUCCAAAAGCAAAUAUUAAAAUACCUCUCUUACCUUUGCCUACAUUUAGUGGAAAAUUUCAAGAAUUUGAGCUCUUCGCAUCUCAGUGUAUGAAUGUUAUUAGAAACAACCCAUAAUUGGAUGAGACUAAAGAACUGAUAUAUCUGAAAUAUUCAGGGCCGCGGUUUCCUGGUGGUAAGGUCUUGGCUGAUGAGCUGUAAGGUUUCAGGUUCGAGACCCGAUUUCACCGAAGAACCGUGUAAGGGGGUCUGUUGCACGUUAAAUCCGUCAUGCCAAACGUCCUCCUGCUGGUUUGGUGUGGCGUGGAGAGGGAGGUGCCAGCUCAGAUGUCGUCCUCGUCAUCUGACCACGGUUCGAAAUUACGAGGUCCGUCCCAAAAUAGCCCUAGUGUUGCUUUACAACAGGACGUAAAUAUAACAAAACUAAACUAACCUAAACAUCUGAAAAGUUCUUAAAAAAUUCAACCUUAAUUCAAAGUGAUGAAGUUACUUUUGAUUCUCUGUUAAAGGCUUUAGAAAAUAGAUAUCAAAGUAAACGAGCGUUAGUUCAUAUACACUUAUCCGAAAUACUUUCGAUUAAUAAAUUUCACAAUGAAAAUCCCACUCAAAUUAGAUCAUUUAUCGAUACUGAUAGAAAUCAUGUAUGAACUUUAAAAAAAUCUAAUCCUUUAUUUGAAUGCUAUAAUAUUGCAUGCGUUAAAUAAUAAAAUUGAUAAGGAGUCUCAAAGAUUACUCCAAUUAAGUCUGACAACGACUGAAGUUUCCAGUUCAGAAACACUCCUUUCAUUUUUGGAAUUAAGAUGUAUGCAGCUAGAAUCUGUUAUUAAACUAGAUUUCUUGGCAAGAAAU